UUGAAGUCACCACUGUCUGUCAUUAUCCAGCCCACUAUGGUGCGCCACAGCAAGCUACAGAAACAGGUCUUAUCCCUGUAUCGGCAGUUUCUGCGCGCGGCACAGGACAAGCCGGGCUUCAUACCGAGAAUACGCGAUGAAUUCCGUGCCAACGCUGCGAUCAAGAAGACUGACGUAAUGCACAUUGAAUAUCUUUAUCGGCGAGGCCAACGCCAACUUGAACUGCUUAAAGAUGUCAACACUAAACAACUUGGAUCAUUCAGCAAGUCUAAAGAUAACAGCUGACCACUCACAUGUAUUCAAAUAUCAGUACUGAAAUCUCCUUUUCUGGGAAAUGACCUCAUUCAGUACACGUAUAACGCCCUGGCUCAGUUAUUUAAAUGGAAAGACCAAAUGAUUUUCACUUUUCUCAGGCUGGACAAGAUUAACCCACAACGGUUUUAUUUUUACAGUGUUAUUUAUGUAUCUAAUUUGCAGAUUAAACCCAUAUUGGUUGGUGCUAUAUCAGUGUUAAUUUAUUUCCAUUACUUCCUCUGACUUCAAUUUCCUAUAGUUACUUCUGCAUGUAUGGGCCUACCUCAUUUUGUAGAUGUUGAAGUGUCUACUGGAUGUAUUAGCCUAUGUAUAGAGUCAUUGUAAUGGAGUAUCAUAUCCAAUUCUUAAAUGAUUCAAUGUAAA